UGUAGCAAGUUAGUUUCAUUAUUUUAGUAAAUUUAUUAUUCAAUAUAAAAUUAUCUCUUAACUUCGGAAAACAUAUGAAAAAUGGAGUCAAAAAUGUCUUAUGAUAGUGGAACUGAAGAGGAGUUUGAGCUUCCUGUUGUAGCUUCAGAUGGCGAGCCAGAGGUCAGUGAAGAGGAAGCAGAGGUAACUUAUGGUCCAAGUAAAAGAAGAAAAGAGUCGUCUCCUUUAAUUGUUAGCGAUCCCGAUCUUGCUAGGAUUUAUGCAGAAAUGUCUGUAAAUGAAAGAAGUGAAGACGAACAAGAAUCAGAAGAAAAUGAGUCUCCAGUUGAGCAAGACUUAUCGGAAUCUUCUGCUACCGAAGUAGAAAUAGAUUCAGAAGGUUUAAGAGAAUUGCAAAGAAGAAAACAAGAAUCAGAUGAAGAAAAUCUCAGCCAAGACCUACUUUCUUCUCUGGAUGAUAUAAAAACAGACGAAGAAAUGGAAAACAUAAAAUCUGCAGAUGAAGCUAUAAAUAAUGAAGAAGUUGAGUUGCCACAUAUUGAAGAUUGGACAUUUGAACCUGAGGACUAUUUUAAAAAAACUAAAAUCAGAAAAAAACUUCCCAAAGAUAGUGAAGAUUCAGAAAGCACAGAGUACGAAUCUAUAAAAUCUGGAGAUGAAGAGCAUGUAAAAGAUGAUUUGGCUCGCAAAAAAGUUUAUAAACCACUAGUAUUCAAUUUUGCAAAUCAGGAUACAUUUGAAAUAUUCGAGGAUUACAUUGAUGAGUACGACAAUAACUUUGAAGAAGAUUUUUACACGCGAUAUUUAUCAUCAGCUUCAUCCUCUACUCGUGAGAGUGAUAUUUGUAACGAAUCCUGUGAAAAUGAAAAUCCAAAGUUCACUCUAAUACCAGUUAAACCAAGAUUAGAAAAGAGAAAAAAAUCUUUACGAAAAAAAAACGAUGUCGAUGUAAGAUCUGCAAACAAUUUUAAAAAAGAUACGAAGUUGGACAUUGAUUAUAAAAGAAAUAUCGAGUUGUUGCAGAAACUUUUUCCGUUUACACAAACGCCUCUUGUUUAUGAAAUAAAUUUGCAGAGGUAUGAAAAUGUACAAUUUCCACAACACUAUGAAAGAAAAAAAAAUAUUUUAGUUAAAGAAAAACCUCAACAUGAAAAAACCUCCAUUAUUCAAACGGGAAAAAAAAAGGAAAAAAAGUUACACUUUUAUUAUUCUCGAAAGAAAAGAAACUUAAUCUAUAAUCGGUUGCACAAUGAGAACAACGCUGAAGAGACAGAUUCUGGACCUGAUAACGAAAUCCCAUCUUAUAAAGCUAAAAUAUCAUACACUCGGGCAAGAAACAAAACAACUGGCACUAUCAUAGAUAUCAUAUUGAAUCAGACAUUUGGAGCAAUCGACAAAAUUGAAUUAGCAAAAGAACGAAAACGAGUGCCAUACUUUGCUAAGUAUUUAAUACAAGAAGUAUGUUAUAAAUUAGUUAAUGAUCUUGAAAACAAACAAAAAACAGAAGCUGUUAAAUUUAACCUUGACAUUUUAUUUGACCGUUGGGAGUAUGAAAUAUAUAAAAAAAAAAAAAUCAUAAUUAACGAGCGCUUAAAUGAAAUUUCAGAGCUUAUUGUCACGAGCGAAAUCAAUAACGCUGUAUCAUUUUUACAUUAUGAGGAUUAUGUUUGCGCCUGCCUUGUGCGAGAUGCUUUUGCGGAAUCACUUCAUUUUUUAAAAGUCCCGACAAAAAAAAAUAAACAAAAACUAAAUAGUAUCUUUUUUCAAUAUCAUUUGCCGAAAUAUGAUUUUGAAAAAAAAGGAUCUGCAAAUUUGCAUAUACGAAAAAGACGACUCCAACGUGAACAAAAAGCUCCUGUUAAGGUAGCAAAUAAUAGAUACGAACCUAAAAAAUCCAGAAAAAAAUCAAGUCGACUUAAGUUUAUGAAAAAUAUCGUUGAUGAUAUAAUUAAUGGAGAAGAAUUUUUAGAUAAAAUUUUACAAAGCCACAAUAAUAAAAUCAUAUUUCCAGUUAACAAGAUAAAUAAAGCAUCUACUUCAGAUUACAGCUUUAAUCAAAGUCUAGUUGAAAAUGAAGUUUGUAUUCUAGAUGAAUAUGAUAACCAAGAUGAUCGAGAAAAAGUUGAACCAGUUACAAUAAAAACAAGUGAAGUAGCAGAAAAAUUUAGACGUGUAAAGGUCAGAUUAAGUGUGCUUGACAUAUGGCAAAGGGAAAAUGUAAAGUUAAAGACAAUGGAAAGAAGAAAAAGUUUGUUGUUUAAUAAAGUCAACUACGAAGAAGAGCAAACCUUUGAUAACGAUGAAAUAGAUGUCAAUAUACUUUAUGAAAUAGAAAAAAACGAGGAGAAAACAGUGGAAUUACUAGAUCCAGAUAUAAUUGAUGAAUCUGAUUUAAUAGAAAGCAAACUAGAGCUUCCCCCUAUUGAAGAAGAAGUAAAAUUGGCUUUAAAAACAAGUUUGUUACCUACAGUUAUAAAUCCAGUGAAACAACGAUUGAAGUGCGUUAUAGAAAAUCAAGUAGAUCCAAAACUUGAAUUAAAUAACCUCGAAAAAAACUUUAAUAACGAUGAAAACGAUGUUAAAGAAAUACAACCUGAUACCACAGUAAAACCUAUAGAGAAAAAUAGAAAAGUAAGUAUUGAAUCUGGCUUUUUAUCUUACAAUGAAGAUAACCAUAGCAACAACGAAUUCAAUAGUUUUUUAGAACAUUGUGAUAGUGAGAACGAGAAAAAUUUACAGGAUAUUUUUAAACAGAUUCCUGUAUUCGAUCGUGAUUUUUAUUUAAACCAGUGGAUUGUUCACGGUGUAAAUCUUACUAACUUAUCAUCUGAACUAACUAAGAAUAUUAAAUCUACUCGUAACCAAUUUUCUCGCAAAGUUUACCAUAAACGACCAGUAUCAGCAGAAAGUGAAAGUAAUAUUUUUGAAAUUACUCCAGUUAAUCAAACUCUAAAUCAAAAACCUCAUGUUCCAGGACGUUUAAACUCGGCAAAUUCGAAUCGAUCUGGAGUUUCAAGCAAAUGCUAUUCCGGUCGUUCAACAAGCAUGAGCGCAGUUGCAUAUAAUAUGAGUGAUAGCGAAGAAACAACUAACAGCGCUCCACAAUUAAAUAAGAAACAAAUUAACACUAAAAUUGAGUUUUUUGUUCCUGAAAAAAUAUAUGAGGAAAAAAAAGAAAACAAUGCUGCUGCAUGGGAUUUCUACCUCAAAAGAAAGCAAGAUAAACGACAUUUGGAACAAUACGAAUCUAUAUUAAAAGGAGUAAAUAUUGAAGGUUCUGAACUUUAUGUAAACGAAAAGCUGUUAUUGCUUAAUGAAGAAAAAGAAGAAAUACUUAAAAACUUUAGCAAAACGUUACUAAGUUAUUCAAAUAAAAAUGAUGACGAAGUAGAGGUUAAGCUUUUGCGCCCUUCGGAAACAUUUUUGCGCCCUUUGGAAAGUAAUGAUAACCAGUUUGAAGGCGAAAUAAAACACAAUGAAAGUGAUGUGGAAAUUGAACGAAUAAUGACGCCGUGGAAACCACUUCGACAUCGUCCACUAACUCCCGAUUCAGUUGACUCAGAUGAAGAAGUAAAAAAGAUGAAAAAUAUCUAUAUUGAAACAAUGAACAAAAAGAAGGCGUUUGACGAAGAUAAACAAAGCAAAGCCUCGUUUUUGGAGUUAAAAAGAAAGCAAUUAGAUAUUGCAAAAAGUGCAUGGAAAAAACAUUCAAAUGAAAGUCAUAUAAAAGAAGCUCUGGAAGCAAAUCGCGAGUUAUUUUUAAAGCUAGAAAUAAACCUUAAAAACAAUUCACCCAAAAGACUAGAACCUAUUAAACGCUUUUCUAUUGCCGAACCUGAAGGAAUAUCGAAAAGAUUAAUUGAAAAACAAAAAGAAAAAAAUAUAAAUGAACACGUCACUCUUUUAAACAAAAGAGCAAAAUCAACUCCAAAAUCUUUUUCGAAUUUAAACUAUAAAAGUGAUUGUUUGUUUCCUUGCAUUCCAAAAGUAACAAGUGUUGUUGGAAGUUCAGAAGAUCAUAGAAAGAAAAAAAUCGCAGUAAGAAAUACACAAAGUUCUCUUAGCGAAACAAAACCUAAAAGUACUCUCAGCUUUACAAAAUCAAAAAGCUCACUUAACACAAUUGAUGCAAAAAAUAAAACGUUGUUUAAAAAUGGAUCAAAAACAUUGCGAUAGUUAAUAUGUUCAAUCCACUGAAUUAAUAAAAUCCACUGGCUAAAUCUACACUACUCUUGUACCUAACGUUAAAUUUACUAUUAUAAUGAAAAUUGAAAAUCGGAUAUGAAAUGUGAAUUAUGUUUUGUAUAAUAUUGCUUAAAAUUUUGACAUUGCACAACCACAAUAAGUUUUGAUACUGUACAGCCACAGUAAAGUUUGACAUUAUAUAACCACAGUAUAUACAGCCACAGUAAAGUUUGACAUUGUAUAACCACAGUAUAUGCAGCCACAGUAAAGUUUGACAUUGUAUAACCACAGUAUAUACAGCCACAGUAAAGUUUGACAUUGUAUAACCACAGUAUAUACAGUCACAGUAAAGUUUGACAUUGUAUAACCACAGUAUAUACAGCCACAGUAAAGUUUGACAUUGUAUAACCACAGUAAUGUUGGACAUUGUACAAUAACGGUAAGGUUUGACAUUGUAUAACCUUAGUGAGUAUAACUACAAUAAGGUUUCAAACCUUAUGUACUAUAGUAAUAUAUAAUUAUAUAUAUUGUAUUAUAUAAUAUAAUAUAUAAUUUAAUAUAUAAUUUGUUAUGAAAAUAUAAAUAUUUUUUUAUAA